UCACACUUGAAUUAGUGAAUGAAAGGCACUUUCCGGUUAGUUUUACCCUCUGUAAAACAUGGUUUCUGGCUCUCUUUACGCACUACUAGCGGGUCUUUGUGGCGCAGCGGCUUCACUCUCCGCUAAACUGUCUCUGGGCACUGGUUUUCUCAAACAAAUGUGCGCAUCUGGACUCAGGGACUGGAAACAAGCGCACGGAGCAGAGGACGCAUGUGAAUGGCUGGAUAUCCCACUGCGUGUCCUCUGUGGAGGUUUGUUGUUGGUCUGUAACGCAGUGAUGUGGACGUUUUUCUCCAAAGCCCUGAGACACUCCUCCUCUUCGGCCCGAGCCACUGUCACCACAACAGCAUCCAACUUCAUCUCUUCUGCAGUGUUUGGUCACGUGAUCUUUGAGGAGACCCAGGACACUUUAUGGUGGAUUGGCCUUUCUCUGACUCUGUGUGGGUUGCUUCUGCUUCAUGGGUCUAAACCUCCAAGUCUACCAGGAGUGGAGGAGGAUAAAAAGGACCAAUGACCAAAAAUGACCAGAGUGGUUUUGUCUUCAGUUAGUUCUGGUAUAUGGAACUAGAAAAAAGCCAGAUAUUGUCUGUAGGAGUGUGAAAACUUUAAGAAUAACUAGCCUGGCCUGCCAAGACUUUUCUGUCUCAUCAAGUGUCUGGAUUUUUGUCUCAAUCCCCUGAAUUGUGAUGGCCAGGACUGACAGUAAUCAAUCCAAAGUCAUCAAGACAAACAUGGAAAUUUACAUGUUAUUUGAGAAAUGCUAAACUGGUUGAAUACGAAUCCCAUAAACAGUGCUGACUGCUACCAAAUCAACAGAAGCACUAAACAUCACUAACACUGGUCAACACUAAAUUUAUUGUCUAAGAUUUUUUAGCUGAUUUAGGAUCAUUUUGAUGUGCUGAAUCCAAAAAUCACAUUGGUUUUGCUCAAUCAGGUCAACAUUCUAAACUAAGCUACAUAUUUGUUUUUGCAUGUGCCAACUUAUGACUAAUUGUUUUUUUUUAUAUUACAAGUGAAUGAAAUGGCUUCGACUAGAAGAUCUUGCAAAAAUAAGCCCGACAUAUUCUGCUACAUCUGCGGUGAAUACACCAAUGUUCCUAACAGGAAUCAAGUCACAAGUUUCAUAAAGCGUGCUUACCAUGCUUAUUUUGGUAUUAAACUUGGUGACCAAGAUGAAGCUUGGGCGCCACACAUGGCAUGCAAGUCAUGCACCAAGUAUCUGCGUCAGUGGACUAAAGGCAAGAAGAGUUGUCUGAAGUUUGGAAUUCCCAUGGUUUGGAGGGAGCUGACAUCAAUAGCUACUUCUGGGCUAUUGAUGUGACUGGGAUCAACAGAAAGAACCGAAGCAGCCUCAAGUAUCCUGACCGUGAAUCAGCACGUCGUCCUGUAGCUCACUGUGAUGAAAUUCCAGUACCUGUCUUUGUAGAAGUUCCUGACAUCAGUGACAAAGAUUCCUCCAGUGUGGUUUUAAUGAUGAUGCUCCACAUCCUUUUUCCCAAAAGGAGCUAAAUGUUCAGGUUUCCUGAGAAUCUGGGAUCACUGAGUGAUGAGCAGGUGGAGAGAUUCCAUCAGGACAUAAAAGAGAUGGAGACCAGGUAUCAGGGACGCUGGGAUGCAGUCAUGAUGGCUGAUUACUGUUGGACUCUGAAGAGAGACAUCCCUGCUGCUGAGCAUUCAAGGGGUUCAUAAAAACAGAAGUUCAUGUCCUGAAUUUUGCACAAUGAUAACGUAACGUUCCAAUUUACAUGUACUUACCUUUAUCAAUUAACAUAACGUGACAUUUAAUUAAUACAUUCUCUUAGAAAACUAUUUUUUAUCUCCUAAAACAUUAUUUGGAUGAGAAAUAUUAAAGAAAAUCAACUGAUAAUGUCACAAAAUUGUAAUCAAUUUAGUCAGAAGAUCGGAUUUUUCAAAAUCAAAUUAGCAUAAAAACCUGACCUGACUGAGAAAAAUGUAUAUCAUUUUUUGAUUCAGCGGUGCUAAAUGGUCCUAAUUCAGUUGAAAAAACACAGACAACUUUCAAAAAUGUUUUUUUUGUAACCCAUUGUAAUCAAAGGUGACAGUUGUGAUCUAACACUAACACUCACUUUCGUCUGCAGAUAGACAGCUGUGAUUGGUUCAAACUUGAAGGGUUGGUUUUUUGACAGUUGGGCACCAGACCUUCCAGCUAGAAAAAAAUGUGACUUACCUGACAGGCUCGACAGGUGACCUGUAUAUUUUAGUGUGUCAUAAUUUAGGCAAGUACUUAUAUGUUUUGGUCUCUAGAGAUCUCUAUUUAGAGUAAAUAGAAUAAACUUUUAUAAAAAAAAAUUGUACAAUUUCAAUUGUACAAUUUUUUCUAACAACAGACACCACAUUUGUUUAUGGAAUCCUUUUAUUAAAAAAUAAACCCACACAAAGAUACAACACAGGAAUGUACAGCCCCUUUCAGUGGUAAAAGCCCUUCAAAUGGAUCUGCUCUAGCUUAAAUACAUGACAAUAUAUCUUAAAUGACGCCAUACACCUCAAAAAUCAAAAUGGUCCAAGACAAAAUUGACAUAAAAUAAACAAUCCAAGCCAAGCCAAUGUAUUUAUAUAGCACCUUUAAAACAACAGAAGUUGUGCCAAAGU